ACAUGUCUCAGCCUACACUAGCUCUUACAAUCGGUGCACGCGCAAAUCGGCGAGUGUGAGAGGGACGGAGCGCAGCCUCACGUGUAGAUUACCCACAACUAUAUCAAAAUACAGCACACAAAAAUAUUGAGCACAAAAAAUCGGGCAAUUCGAAUCCUAGUAACCACGCUCGGCAUUCAUAAUUUUACCUCAGGGUCAAGAGUACGGCUCCGGCGUUUUUUCCCCCGGCUUUUUUAAAUGUUUAUUUGCCGGGAGCACGUGGAUUUUUUGAAAUUUUUUGGCUGUCAAGCCUGGGACUGUUGCCUUUUGGACGUGUUGUGACGCCUAGUGUUAUCUCGAUUAUGUGAUAUUUAUUAAGUGACACUUUAGAUAGGAACAAACUGUGAUUUAUUAUGGUGAUAUUGGUGAAUUGAGGAGAGCAGAAUAGUGAGAGAUAAAAGAACGAAGGAUCUCGAGAAAUUCCAUGACACAUACAGCAAAAUAUACCAAGGAAACAAUAAGACAGAAAACGUAUAUUUUUAUAUUAUAGUGCCAAAUACAAUUUUAGACAAAUUUAAUAACAAUUAUUUUGAAACUUAGAUAGGAUUUUACUAAAUAUAAAACAAGCAAGAUGAUGGAAGGAAGGACGAUCGAUUACAGGCCAGACGGUGGUGGGCUCGAUUACCAUAACUCUCCUUUAAUGGCGGAGAUACCUAUAGACAAUUACUCCCAUAUCCAUAGAAGUAUAGAGCAUUUGAGAUCAAUGGGAGUUGCUCCACAUCUCGACCCUCACAGGCAUUUAGCAGCCAACCUGACAGAUUUGAGAAGGUACGACCAUCCAGAUGACAUACCUGAGAUAAAACCGUCCGUACUUAGAUUAUCCGAAUUUAAGAGUGGUCUUCAAGAAAUAAGGGUGCAUAGUGACCAAGAGAAUGAUAUACAGCGGCAAAUGACUCCACAUGAUGAUGGUAAAGGAUACAGCGCUCCUUCAACGCCUAUGUCAGAAAAUGGUGGACAAAGCAUCCAGGAGGAAAAGGUGUUCGGCUCCAAAGCAGACCUCCAGCUGCACACGCAGAUCCACUUGCGCGAGGCAAAGCCCUACCGCUGCACGCAGUGUCCAAAGGCAUUCGCGAACUCCUCAUACCUGGCCCAGCACUCGCGGAUCCACCUGGGCAUCAAGCCCUACCGCUGCGAGAUCUGCCAGCGCAAGUUCACCCAGCUGUCGCAUCUCCAGCAGCACAUCCGCACGCACACAGGUGACAAGCCGUACCGCUGCACCCAAAUUGGAUGCACCAAGGCCUUCUCCCAGCUGUCCAACCUCCAAAGCCACAGCCGCUGCCACCAAACCGACAAGCCGUUUAAAUGCAACUCCUGCUAUAAGUGUUUCACGCAUGAGAAGGAUCUGCUCGAGCACAUUCCGAAACACAAAGAGUCGAAGCACUUGAAAACCCACAUAUGCCAGUACUGCGGCAAAAGCUACACCCAGGAGACGUACUUAAGUAAACACAUGAACAAGCACGCUGAGCGAGCUGAUAAAAGGCCGCCGAUUUCUGCUUUAGGACUGAGCGGGCUCAAUAGGUCCUUAGGUGCGGCAGCGCCUACUGCCGCACCGUUCGCAGAUCAUCCAUACUGGCCUAAAGUCAGUCCUGACUCCGCGGCGCAUAUGUCUGAUGAGGGCGGCUAUCAUCAGCAGAGAGAGAGCGACGACCAUCAUGAGCACCAGCUACAGCAACAGAGAGCUUUGUUCGCUCAACACGAGAGUCAAGAAGAUCGCAUCCAACCCCCCGUGUCUUCAGCCGCGAAUUCCGCCUUCACGCCGAUAAACUCGAUGGCUCCACACCUCAAUGGACUGUCCCAUCAUAGCUCGCUUCCGACACGGCCUUAUCUCUACGACCCGCUACAUUUCCAGCAAGGGAAGCAACAGCCCAAUUCUUUCCCUAAUCAACUGAUAUCUCUACACCAAAUUCGGAACUACGCACACCAACCGUCCGCCCUUUUGCCCGCGGAACAUAUUCUCCCCCACUCCCUAUCUCACAAAGACAAGCAGUAAGCUCCUUGCCGUUUCCUGUAGGUGCACUUAAUUUAGAACUUAUGAUGGUAUUAUUAGUCUAUAAACAAAAAAUAACGAAAAUUAUUAAAAAUGUUUAGAAUCUCGCUCUCCAAGACAGAUUUUGGUGGUAUUAAAAUAUAUGUAUGAAAUACGAAAUUCGUUUGUCAUUUAGUGAUGCGAAGUUCACGUUUUUAGACUUAUAUCGAUAUUCUGUAUAAAAAUUCUGAAUUUUGUGAGUAGAUAUGUAAACGAAUAUAUUGGGUAUGAAAUGUGAUUUCAGAAGUUGUGAGGAUAAUUUUGGAAUUUAUCGCUUAUCGAUUAGUUUUCAUUAAAGCACAGUUAUCGCAGAUUAAUUAUUAUUAGGUAAUAAAAUAAUUAUUUUUAAAGUAAUUUUACUCCAUUAUUAAUGAAAAUAGGAAUAUUGGUCGAUAGUUUCUUAAACAUGCAUUGUGUUUGACUGUUGCACUUAAGAAGACUAAUCUUUAAAACGGAAUGUCAAAGCAAUAAAAUCUGAUGUUUGCUCUGAAAAUUUAUUAGAAAAAUUAUAAUACAAAUGCAUAAUCAAAACGCUUUACAGGCAAUUUAGGCAUAAUAAUACUCUUCAAUACGAACUUUAAUUUUUCUAUAAAUUAAUCACAUUUUUUAACUCUACAAAUACUAAAUGUUAAUAAAAAUAUUAUUUUAAUUGUAAAAAAGAUAUACCUAAUGAUUUUAAAGACACAUUUUAUGGAAAAUCAUAAUUUCAAUGACGUACCAACCAUAGUAUCUAUAUUAUUGUUUGAAAACAUGAAAUAUGCAGUAUAUUAUAAUGUGUUGAUUGAUAUUUAAUAAAAAUAAACAGAGUUCCUGAUUGAUUGAUGAGUUACAAUAUCGAUAAAUAUAAAAUUCUUAAUGAAAUCUGAUUAUUCUAUUAUCCGUUGCAUUUUAAUCGUAUACGUUAUGAAGUACUACACAUGACAGAUCUCUUAAACCAUCACAUUUGCACUCAGUUCCUACUUAGAUCGAUUAAAUUCUUAUUUAGCUUUACUUUUCAUUAUCAAAUAAUCUACAAUCCUUAGUUUACGGAUUAGAAAAUGUGGUCUUCCUUCAGAUUUGUACAUUAGCGGAAUAGGAUUGGUAAAUGAUUCGUGUUAUAUAUUUAAAAGUUAAGGUUAUUUUUAAUUAUCGUAUGAAUAAUUUCGGUGUUAAUAUUAGAGGUUGUGAUAGUAUUCCGUAAUUUUGGGCAGCUUUGUAAUUUUUUCAUUUUCAACAGAAUCUUGCA